AUGGCAGCUUCUGGUUCGUGUAUGAACCUGCUGAGGAGGAACCUUCCCUCAUUUCAGCCCCUUCAUCCUCUCCACCCUGCUCUUCAUCCUGCUCUUCAUCCUCCUCUUCAUCCUCUCAGCUCAGAUGCUCCUUCAUUCCUGAGCCACCAGACCUCCAGCCUUCACGAGCAGAUCUUCAACCUGCCAUAUUUUAACAUCAUCCCUCCAAACCACACACAGAGGGUCCAGCACACCCCAGGGGGGGUAUCUGACUUCAGCAGCCCCUCAUCCUCUUCAUCAUCAUUAUUAUCAUCAUCUCCUUCAUCUAACUCCCCGAUCAAGGACUCGUUCCUGCAUCCUCGGAUCAUGGAGGAACCGAACCGCACUUACAGUUUUACUCAGGAGGAUCUGUUCACGGUUCUCUAUGGGUACAGUAAAGACCACCAGCAGGGGGUCGGACACGCCAUCUCGGGUCUGCUGCUUCCCUCUGACCCAGACCUUCUGCCCAUCAAUAUAGAUACUGAGAGUCUGGAGCUGCCGGAAGGUCUGUGUGUGGUGCGCUGUACCUGUGCCGGUGUUCCUCACUGCGGGGUUUUUGCUGGACGGAACUCGAUCCCUAAAGGAACCCGAUUCGGUCCUUACCGGGGAAAAGCGGUGAACACGAGCGAGAUCAAAGCGCACCGGGACAACGAACUCAUGUGGGAGAUUUUUGAGAAGGGUCAACUGAGUCACUUUGUGGACGGCGCGGGCGCGCGCGGGAGCUGGAUGUCGCUGGUUCAGUGCGCGCGCUUUCCUGAGGAGCAGAACGUGGUGGCGGUGCAGCGCGCGGGUCGCAUUUACUACGAGGCGUGCCGGGAGGUGCGACCCCUACAGGAGCUGCUGGUGUGGUACGGGGACACCUACCUCCUCUACAUGGGCAUCCCGCUGUGCCUGCGGGCGGAGGAGGAGGAGAAACAGGAGCAGUGUGAGGAUGGAGACUCAGCCGAGGGCUACAUGUGUGAUCGAUGUGGGAAGGUGUUUGCUUACCGCUAUUACCGAGAUAAACACCUGAAGUACACACGCUGCGUGGAUCAGGGGGACCGGAAGUUCCCCUGUCACCUCUGUAACCGCUCGUUUGAGAAGAGGGACCGGCUCCGGAUCCACGUCCUGCACGUCCACGAGAAACACCGACCACACAAGUGCUCAGUGUGCGGGAAGAGCUUCUCUCAGUCCUCCAGCCUGAACAAACACAUGCGUGUGCACUCCGGAGAGAGGCCUUAUAAAUGUGUUUACUGCAACAAGGCCUUCACCGCCUCCAGCAUCCUGCGUACGCACAUCCGCCAGCACUCGGGGGAGAGACCCUUCAAAUGUAAACACUGCGGGAAAGCCUUCGCCUCUCACGCCGCUCACGACAGUCACGUACGCAGGAGUCACGCCAAAGACAAGCCGCACACGUGUGAGCUGUGUGACGCCACGUUCGAACGCGCCGAGGAGCUGCAGCAGCACCUGAAGAUCCACAAGAGCCGACCCCUGGUGCAGACCCCAACUCUUCCUUCGUCUCCUGAGGUCCGGGCACCCAAUCAGAGUGCACCCUUAAACACAGAGUGCACUCGAGCUCAGCAAAACAUCAGCCCGAGUUUCACAUCUUUUCCUGGAAUGACGACGAUCACCUCCAACUACAGACCGUGGAACUAA